AAUCAAAAUCCGCGCAAAGUAAAGAUUGUACGCGCAUAUUCCGCGGUAAUCUUAAAUGCUAUGAAUAUAACCUCAAAGGACAAACGCGCUCACACCACAUUCGACACUACUGAUGUCCAUAUAAACUACACAGUUCGUGCGUUCUUGUUUAUUCUGUCCUCAAUAAAUAAAUUUCAAAAGUGACACAACUUCUGAGUUACUGGAUCUAGGCUGAACUAUCGGGUAUAAAUUUCGGAUCGUGGGUGAGCACUACGAACCCAGCGAAAUAUUGAACAUGAUUUUAUUUCGAUGGGUAUAGACACGUAAAGGCAUUUCAAUGAGGAAUCAUCCUCGAAAGCUUCACGUUGCCCGGACGCGGAAUGCAGAUAAACUUAACAAGUGCUCACCUGGGUUUAGUUGAUGAACAUAUAUGAAAUGAAUGAAUGCUAUUUUCUUGAAAUAUUCAUGAAAAAGACAUUAGACUAAAAAAUCAAUUCCCAAUGACAUAUACUUGUGAUAAGUACAAUAUGAACGGAAAAAAGAGUAAUGGAGAGCUACCGGCUCGAUGGCGCAAAAAUUUGUACCAAACCCACGGUCUCCCUGACAAUUACACAGACAGUUCAUUUCUGGAAGAACUGCGCAAGAAUAUUAACCCAAGUAAUAUAACAGCCAUGGAAGCUAUCUCCUUUGCUGCAAGUGUAUUGACUCAACUGAACAUAGUUAUACUGUUUGUUAUCAUUUUUGUGUGGCUGAAUAACAAAUGGACGGCACCCAACAUCAUAUUUGUAUUCAGUGGGAUCCCCACGUCAGCUGGAUACUUUGUCCAUACAUUUAGAAAACCAGAUAUGUUAGGAAAAUUGUCAAAAGAUUUUAGAACUGUGGUGAUAUUUCUUGCCUUCGGUUAUAUCUUAUCACCAAUUCUGAAAACCCUGACCGAUACAGUGAGUACUGAUACAAUAUAUGCCAUGACAAUAUUCAUGUUUUUGAUCCAUCUUAUAUUCAGUAAAUAUGGCUCCCCACAAGUAACUCUCUCAGAUUCGCUAUCGAUAACGUCUUCUUUAUUCGGAUCACUUAUGUUGGCAUCAAGGUUGGCCUCGCCUUUACAUGCCUUUACCUUGCUCACAAUAUCAGUGCAGUGCUUUGUUCUAUUGCCAUUCAUUAUGUAUCAACUUCAGAAUAAAGUUAUCGUUGCAAUCAUUCUCUCUUGUACCACAGUAUACCUACUGCACUUGAUAUCGUUGACAAUUGCAUGUGUUUUUGUUGGCGUUACCAUAUUUAUUCAACUUGUUUGCCCCUUGUGGUACAUCAGGUGGCAAAAAUACAAAGAAAAUAUUUACGGACCAUGGGAUGAAGCGGUAAUUAUGUCCUGAUUAAGCUUAAGGCAUUUAUAAAAUUUCACCAUUAUUGUAAUUAACUAGUAGAUUAUUAAUUAAUAAAUAAGUUAUC